UAUUUGAAAUUAAUAAUUUAAUUUUUAAUUUUUAGCUGUUUAUGGUGAUGAAUUUUAUGCAUCGAAGGAUAAAGCUUAUAAUGUUAUAGCAAGGAAUGCAACGCGUCUGGCUGCCACCUCUCAUAUAAGUUAUUUCAUACUUUGCAUAGGGAAAGUACUUGUAGUAAUAUCAACGGUAAUACUAGGGACCAAAAUGCUUGAGACUAAAACCUGAGUUCUCAAUUUGUGGAUUCCAAUAACAAUUGCUGGAAUUAUGGCCUAUUUUGUUGCACAUUAUUUUAUUUCUGUAUUUGAGAUGGUAUUUGACACAAUAUUUAUGUGUUUUUGUGAAGAUGGCAAACUCAAUGACGGAUUCACUGAACAAUACUAUAUGAGUAAAGAACUUAUGAUAUUUGUUGAGAGCAGCCAAAACAAAUUAAGAGUCGGUGAUGAAGCUAAAAACUAAACUAUAGACCUAAACUAAACCUAAACUAUUUUAUUUUUUUAUUUUUUAUUGCCAUUAUUUUAUACAAUUUUUAAAUGUCGUAAUACCUAAGUAUUAAAUUAGCCUUAGGCCCGUUCUUGCAAUGACCUGUUAAGGCUAACCGUACAUUGUAAGAACGUCUCUUAGUAUUUUAAUAUUUAUUUUUAUUUUUAUUUUAUAUUUAAAUUAUGUAUAGGUACUCGUUUAUUAUGACUCAAGAAUAUGAUAUUUGAACUUAUAUUUAUGAAAAGGUUGAUUCUAAGCGACGUUUAAAAUGAAUCAAUCAUCUAACAAAACAUUCAAAUUACAAACCAUUAAAUAAUAACAUAUUUACUAUAAUCUACAAUAUAUUAUUAUCCAUUUCCUAAUA